UGCAACCUCGUUUCACAUUUCGCGAUCUCCGGUCACCUGUGCAUGUCGUGUACGAUGGCUCGAGUAAUCAAACUGGCGAUUCUUUUGUUAAUAGCAGACGGCACUAUGGUAAAUUUUAGGGCGUUUGCGAGAGCCAUGUCCACUGUUGCCAAGAACUUUGAAGCCAACGGCGUGGUGCCUGACGUCGUCCCGAAGGCCCCAAAUGCUCUGAUCACUGUUAAGUAUCCGAGUGGUGUGGAAGUGAAAGAAGGCAACGAGCUGACGCCAACACAGGUGAAGGAUGUGCCAAGUGUCAGUUAUGACGCUAACCCUGAUAGCUUCUACACCUUGGUUAUAACCGACCCAGACGCACCUUCCCGCAAAGAGCCAAAAGUCCGGGAAUGGCACCACUGGUUGGUUGGAAACAUUCCCGGGCAAAACGUCGCCUCGGGUGAGACAUUGUCCGCCUACGUCGGCUCUGGGCCUCCAGAGGGCACUGGUCUCCACCGAUACGUGUUUUUGGUGUACAAGCAACCAUCAAAGUUGACAUUUGAUGAGCCAAGACUAACUAACACAUCCAGGGAUAAGCGAGGAAUGUUUUCUAUUACCAAGUUUGCUGAGAAAUACAAAUUGGGCGAUCCCAUUGCUGGUAACUUCUACGAAGCCCAAUACGACGAUUACGUUCCUGAGCUAUACAAGCAGCUCAAUGGCUAAAUAUUUAAAAACCUGGUGCUAAAUAAUCAAGACAUUUCACGACAUUUUUUAAAAGUACGAGAACAAUCAAUAAAAAAUAAUGAAAAUUAUUACUAUUCAAAUGUAAUGCGUGAAUCGGAAUAUUAUUUGCAGAAUUAGUAUUUUUAAUGUCGUGAAACCGGGUUGUUAGUGCAUUUGUAGGUAUCAGUAUCGAAAAGCCGUAUCGAUAAAAUUGGCGGUUAGAUUUAAGAAAUCCUAUAAAGAAUUAUCAAGUUA